GUCAAGCGGGAGCACGGAGAGCGCGCAUGCGCACUUGGUACACGUGGCAUUUCCUGUGGAAAGCCGCUUUCGCCCGUACUGGAAACACGAGUCAGGGCAGAGGGUUCGUUUGGACUUGUAGUUUCAGCUUUUGGAUGGAUUUGGAACAAUUACAGCCAGAGAAACGAACAUUAUAAGCUGUUUCGGCGCCGGACGGUUUCGAUUGUGACACACAGCGGAAGUGGCGCCAUUGCUGUGUGUCGUGGCUGUGAGCGGCGAGCUGAGUGUCUUCUCUCGACUCUACUCUAAUAUUCAGCCAUUCAGCUGCGUUGGAAGGAGCUGCCCUCAUCUGUACACACACUCGAGAAAUUCCACGGCCUGGAUAUGUCCUUCAUAUUUGAUUGGAUUUAUAGUGGUUUCAGUAGCGUUCUGCAGUUCCUGGGGCUGUAUAAGAAGUCUGGCAAAUUAGUAUUCCUCGGUCUGGACAAUGCUGGCAAAACGACGCUACUGCAUAUGCUUAAAGAUGACAGACUGGGUCAGCAUGUGCCAACCUUACACCCCACCUCAGAAGAGCUGACGAUUGCUGGCAUGACCUUCACCACUUUCGAUCUGGGUGGCCACGCUCAGGCUCGACGGGUGUGGAAGAACUACCUCCCAGCCAUUAACGGCAUCGUCUUCCUGGUGGAUUGCGCCGAUCACCUGAGACUGGCAGAAUCCAAAACAGAACUUGACGCAUUAAUGACAGAUGAAACCAUUGGAAACGUGCCCAUCUUGAUCCUCGGCAACAAGAUCGACAAACCUGAAGCCGUUAGUGAGGAGAGACUGCGUGAGAUGUUUGGACUGUACGGUCAGACAACGGGCAAGGGCAACAUUCCCCUCAAAGAGCUGAACACGAGACCUCUGGAGGUGUUCAUGUGCAGCGUGCUGAAGAGACAGGGCUACGGCGAGGGUUUCCGCUGGCUCUCGCAGUACAUCGAUUAGAGGAAGAGGAAGCGGAGCCGUCUAACAGCACCACACUCAUCCCGCCUUCACUCUCAGAAAAACACAACAACGACUCGACUCCGACAGACUGUUAUCGUUCAGUUCGUCAACUGUUUCUCGCAUUAUUUCUUACGAAAACAACAAACUCGCAGUGAUUCUGCACAUGUGGUAAAUUCCAAACAAUGAGUCUUUGCAUUCACAACAGUUUUAUUUACUCUGUAAUUUGAUGGGGUUUUUUUUUUUUUUUCGUUUGUCUCUUUCUGUACAUCUGUAAAUGAUUCGACGCGUGUACUGAAGACACCGCUUCAGAAAGAGCCGAUCGAAACGUACACGGCUUCUGAGUCAUUUGCGUCACGUCGCACGCUUCAGACAGGAAAUGCUUUGACUUCUCUCCGGUGUGUCAUUUCCUGUCGUGAGGCCACAGUCCCUCGGGCUUUAAGAUGAAGUCGUGACCGUGUGUUAAUGCGCGGUCUGCGCUGAUGUGGCCGCGUUGCAUUGCAUAUCCGUUUUUGUUUUCCCCCCAAAAUUAAAAGAAUUGUACUGCCACAUUCAGAAACUCAUUCCCAAAGUUGCUGUAAACUGAUGUAGACCAAUAGUUGUUUUUCUUUUUUAAUAUGUUUUGGAAUUGAAGACAGGCACGGCAAUAAACCUCAGAGUAAUGGCGAAUAUCAUUACUGGCCACAAGUGUCUCGUAGUUGUCUGAGCGAGAGGGAAGCAUGCCUUUCACACAAACACAGAUUAUUAUUAUUAUAUUUAACUGCUAAUGACUAGUAACAUGAUGGUUAAAGGGGACUCAAGAUCAUGAUGUUUAAAGCUGUUCGAUGAGCAGGAAAACAGAGCUUGCCUUGAACAGACGGCACAGGAGAGUGAAUUAAGGACAGCGAUUAAUCGAUGACAUGGACAAAAUGUAAUUUAUAUAAAUGCCAUAUAUGGAUUUUUUUUUUAAAGCUGUCCUUGAAUAGCUCUUAAUUUGAAUAACAUGGAUGAAAAACAUUAUGCAUGCCUUGUUCCAUGAUUAUUAUUGAUUUUUAUUAGUGUUUUUUUUUUUUUUUUUUUUUU